GGCGAAGCAGGCGGCGGCGGACACACAAGCGGAGCCCCGGGGCCCCACGCGGCGAUCGGCGGCGACAGCGACAGUAGCAAAGGAGCGCGCGAGUGGGCGCCGGAGGGGACCCGGAGAGCGCCUAGCCCUGAGCGCGCCUUUUGGAACCGCGCGUGGGUGCCGGCCACGCAGGGCGCCAGACCUCUGCGGAUUGAACGAGAGCUCACACUGCAAUUGAUUGGGCCCCGCCGGGAGGGCGCGUGUGUCCCAGGGAGCGGGUGCGGAAGGCAGAAGGGCAGGAAGUCGGCGUUCUGCAGCGAGGGUGGCGCGACCGCGCGGGGACCGAGCCUUCCUUAUUUAUGUGCCUGCCAGCGCUCGUCUGCUUCCUCCGAAGACUUCAGGGAGACUGUCCGAGCUACCAUCCCCAAGUGUGAGGACGCAGGGCUGAAUGUCAGAACAACAUGCUUAUCCAUUAAACUGCAAACUUUUCUUUUUUUAAACCCAAAGAAUAUCGGUGGCUUUUGCCCACUGUUAGAAGAGGGAGCCCAGGGCUCUUGAGAUGCAGCAGAAUCCGUAUUUAUAAUCAGGUCUGAUAGUGCUAUGCAAGCCCCCUCCACUCAGUAAGUUCUCUAUCCUAUGGAUCUCGCUUUUGAGCUUUGAGAUUAGAUUGCGCGCUCUACGCUGGGUCCUGCAACCUCCAUCCUUUCAAUGCCCUGUUAUUUUUGGGACUGCUGGCCUUUCCUGGAGAUUAGAGCGGUCCUGUGUGCCAUGGGCUGUAUUCAGAGCAUCGGAGGCAAAGCCAGAGUCUUCCGGGAAGGAAUCACGGUGAUUGAUGUGAAAGCCUCCAUCGACCCCAUCCCCACCAGCAUUGAUGAGUCCUCCAGCGUGGUACUGCGCUACCGGACACCCCAUUUCCGGGCUUCAGCCCAGGUGGUCAUGCCGCCCAUCCCCAAGAAGGAGACCUGGAUCGUUGGCUGGAUUCAGGCAUGCAGCCAUAUGGAGUUUUACAACCAGUAUGGGGAGCAGGGCAUGUCUAGCUGGGAGCUCCCUGAUCUCCAGGAGGGCAAAAUUGAAGCCAUCAGUGACUCGGAUGGAGUGAACUACCCGUGGUAUGGCAAUACCACCGAGACCUGCACAAUCGUGGGCCCCACCAAGAGAGACUCCAAGUUCAUCAUCAGCAUGAACGAUAACUUUUACCCCAGCGUCACGUGGGCCGUGCCCGUCAGCGAGAGCAACGUGGCCAAACUGACCAACAUCUACCGGGACCAGAGCUUCACCACGUGGCUGGUGGCCACCAACACCUCGACCAAUGACAUGAUCAUCCUACAGACGCUGCACUGGCGUAUGCAGCUGAGCAUCGAGGUGAAUCCCAACCGGCCCCUGGGCCAGCGCGCCCGGCUGCGGGAGCCCAUUGCCCAGGACCAGCCGAAAAUCCUGAGCAAGAAUGAGCCCAUCCCACCCAGCGCCCUGGUCAAGCCCAAUGCCAACGACGCUCAGGUCCUUAUGUGGCGGCCCAAGUACGGGCAGCCGCUGGUGGUGAUCCCACCCAAGCACCGGUAACAGCCAGGCCGCUGCGAGGUGAGACUCACGGAACAAUAUUACUACUCAGAAGGAAACCCAGAUGCCCUCUCCGGUCAUUCAGAAAAAUACAACCAUUCUACCUUCUCCAGGGGCGGAUCUCACUGUGCUAAUCCCGGCUGGCCUCCUGGCUCUCCCACCUGC